GUGACAUCGGACAGGUGUUCGGCGAGAGUUCAGUAGACCGCCGCCAGUAGCCCGCGUAAGACAAAAACCGAAAAACGACGACAAAAGGAUGGCGACUCACGGACACUAUAGGUUGUAUCCACAUCGUUCGUGGGACGUUGAUGUCAACAACGACGACGACGGCCACACUAGCCUUUUAGGAACUACUUCGGGAGUGUCCAACCCAACCGCCGCCGCAUCGUCGAACAAGUCGAACAAGUUGUUCAGUUUCUGGAGUGUUUUUCUCGUGUUGUUGAUAGCCGGCGUUCUGUUUUUAGUGGGGUUCUUCCUGGGAUAUUUCGUGAGGGAGAGUUUCGAGGAUCGAGAGAACAUCACCGCAGAGUACAGGCGUUACCAGUUCGAUGAAGCCAAACUGGAAGCUAUCCAUGAAAAUGUUAUGUACUUCAUAUCCAGAGAUCCUGACAGAAUUAAAACUUUUUCCAGGGAGUUUGGCACGGCCGACCCUCUCACUAACAGUGUUUUGGAGAAGAAACUGGAGCACACCGUCUAUCAACAGCUGGUCAACUACAACUUCGACAGCGUCGACAUAGAGGACUACAACGUUGUUGUCACCUACCCAGAUCCCAACCGCCCGAAUCGUCUGGAGGUGCUCGAUCAGUCCGGAUCCGUGCUGGCCAAUUUCACACUGAAGAACGCUGUUACAAGGGGACAUAAUCCUGUUAUCAAGACUGUAGGUGUGAAGAGCCAUUAUGCAAAGUAUCCCUAUGUGGCAUUCUCUAAAGCAGGAUCGGCAGAGGGUGGCUUGCUGUUUGGUCACUAUGGGCGACAGGCUGACCUGCUGGAACUGAAGCAUCAUGGGAUUGAUGUCACUGAUCAUCUGUUGUUGCUCCGACUGGGAGAGAUCUCCGUUGAUGAAAAGGUAUCCGUAGCAGAAAAAGCUGGAGCAGGUGGAGUGUUGUUGUAUUGGGAUCCAUCAGAAGGCAACACUGACGUUCCACACAACAGGUCUCACAUACCGUACGCUUCUGCCAGACCGGAGACCGGAAAUGAUCUGCACAACAUACCUGUACAGACUGUGUCGGCCAACAUGGCUGCCUGGCUGUUUGGACACAUGGGAGGGGAGUCGGCCCCACAACACUGGAUGGGUGGACUGAACGUCGUGUACAUGCUCGGACGUCCAAGUAACGAAACAAAAAAUUUCAAGCUGACAUCAUACAACAAAGAAGAGGAACAGUCAGUACGGAAUGUCAUUGGCAGUAUCCAUGGUUACCUGGAACCAGAUCGCUAUAUAUUGAUUGGAGCGCCGAGAUCUGGUUUCCCAGGCUCGUCUAACGAUGCGGUCCUGGCGACGUCGAUGUUGUUACAGCUAGCCCGCAGUCUGGAGUAUGUGUACAACCUGGAGAACUGGAAACCACGGCGGGGGAUCAAGCUCGUCUCCUGGGGGGGACAUGAGUUCUCACAGGCCGGGAAAACAGAGUAUAUCAAGGCAAAUUCUCACCUCCUUGACAGAAGAGCUAUUGCCUACUUUGACCUGAGCCAGAUGACCCUGGGUAAUCACUCGGUGAGAGCGGAGGCAUCCCCUGGGUUUUACACCAUGAUCAGACAGGCGGCGGCAAGAGUACCAGAUCCUACAAAGACUGAGUCGACAAUUGCUGAUGCGUGGCCUUCACCAGUGGACCUGAAGAAUAUUCAGAAUGGUGAUGCGCCAGUUUACACGUUUCAAAGACACACACAGAGCAAUCCCUUCCUGCAGCUUGUAGGAAUUCCAGAACUCCACGUGCAGUAUGUGGGAAAUCAUACACCUUCCGGUUCCAGCGUGACAAACAUGGCCACCCUGGAUGUACACCAUCACUUUAAAUACCACAUAGCCGUGACUAGAGUUAUCACUCUUGCUGCACUCCACCUGGUGGACGAUGCCGUUUUGCCGAUCUCUCUCAGAGACUACGCGGAAGACCUUCACCUGGUGAUGUGGCAAACAUCAGGCGAGCUGAAGCACUGCUCGACACAGAUGGAGGACUUAGAAUCAGAGGUGUCAGCUGCCGAAGAUUUGCUGAAGAUAGCCACUGCGUUUGACGAUUUCAUCAAAAUCUACGAAGAGAAUUCCGACAAGCUGGGAAUUCACUCAACAAACGAAGUCAAAAUGAUGUUUGAACGAAUCUUCAUCACUGCUUCACGUCAUAAAAGGCAUCACUUACUCUACCCUCAAGUGUUUGAUGGAAGAAUCACGACCUUGUCCGAGUUGUGUCACGUGGCGAGGUUUACCAAUGACUGGGUCGCCGUUCACAGUUAUAUCUCCGCUUUGAAGACCGCAUUACAAGAAGCAGCACGGUGCUUGAGAACUAAUGAAUGAACAAAGUCGACAAUUACAAUGAGUGUUUUAAAUUGUAAUAACCGUUCAUUGAUGAGAGCAGAGCAGCUUUCAGAGUUACAUUACUAGAUGCAUUGCAAUGAUUGAGAACCAACGAAUGAACAAAGUCGACAAUUACAAUAAGUGUUUUAAAUUGUAAUAAUCAUUCACUGAUAAGAGUAGGAGUUACAUUACUAGAUGCAAUGCAGUGAUUGAGAACUAACGAAUGAACAAAGUCGACAAUUAUGCGGAGUGUUGUAAAUUGUAAUAACUGUUCGUUGGUGAUACCAGUUUUCAGAAUUACAUUGCAAGAUGCAAUGCAAUGUUUGAGAACUAACGAAAAGUCGAGUGUUUUAAAUUGUAAUAAUCAUCUGUGGGUGAGACCAGUUUUGAGAGUUACAUUACAAGAUGCAGUGCAAUGUUUGAGAACUAACGAAAGAAGAACAUUUGGAGUUACGUUGAGUGAUAAAUUGUAAUAAUGUGUUGUUGCUGAGAGCAGUUUUGAGAGUUACAUUACAAGAUGCAAUGCAAUGUUUGAGAACUAACGAAUGAACAAAGUCGGGAAUUAUGCGGAGUGUUAAAUUGUAAUAAUCGUUCACUUAUGAGAGCAGUUUUCAGAGUUACAUUACAAGAUGUAAUGCAAUGAUUGAGAACUAACGAAAAGUCGAGAAUUACAGUGAGUGUUUUAAAUUGUAAUAAUCGUUCACUGAUGAGAGCAGUUUUCAGAAUUACAUUACAAGAUGCAAUGUAGUGAUUGAGAACUAACGGAUGAACAAAGUCGAGAAUUACAAUGAGUGUUUUAAAUUGUAAUAACUGUUCGUUGGUGAGAGCAGUUUUCAGAGUUACAUUACAAGAUGCAAUGCAGUGAUUGAGAACUAACGAAAAACAAAGUCGAGAAUUAUGCUGAGUGUUUUAAAUUGUAAUAAUCGUUCGUUGGUGAGAGCAGUGUUCAGAAUUACAUUACAAGAUGCAAUGCAAUGUUUGAGAACUAACGAAAAGUCGAGUGUUUUAAAUUGUAAUAAUCAUCUGUGGGUGAGACCAGUUUUGAGAGUUACAUUACAAGAUGCAGUGCAAUGUUUGAGAACUAACGAAAGAAGAACAUUUGGAGUUACGUUGAGUGAUAAACUGUAAUAAUGUGUUGUUGCUGAAAGCAGUUUUCAGAAUUUCAUUACAAGAUGCAAUGCAGUGUUUGAGAACUAAUGAAUGAACAAAGUCAUGAAUUAUUUUGAGUGUUAAAUUGUAGUAAUUUGUCGCUGAUGAUAGCAGUUUCAGAAUCACAUUACAAGAUGCAAUGCAGUGAUUGAGAACUAACGAAUGAACAAAGUCAUGCAUUACAAGAUACAAUGUUAUGUUAGAACUAAUGAAGGAAAACACGUGGAGAUAUGUUGAGUGAUAAAUUGUAAUAAUUUGUCGAUGGUGAUGGAUUACAUUGCAAGAAGCAAUUCAGUGUUUGAAAACAAAUGAAUGAACAACAUAUGGAUUAUGUUGAGGGAUAAAUUGUAAUAACCAAUCAUUUAACUUGGCGAUACCAGUUUUCAGAACUAUAUUACAAGAUGCAGUGCAAUGUUUGAGAACUAAUGAUUGAACAACAUCUGGUUAUGUUGAGUGUGGAGUGGAGCGGAUAAGUUUUAAUGUGCAUAUGUAUGUGCCACUAGAGCUUCACACAUGCUUGUCAUGGGCUUAAUCUCUCUUAUGUUGAGUGACAAAUUGUAAUAACUGUUCGCUGGUGAUAGCAGUUUGUUUCUGAGAAUUGCAUUACAUGGUGCAAUGUGAUGUUUGAGAAUGAAACAACUCUGAAGUUACGUUGAGUGGUAAAAUGCAAUAACCGGUGACUAGUGAGAGGAAUAUUGACGUCUGUCUUACAGUUAGCACUGUGGUGUGUGAGAACUAAAAUAAGUUACACUGAAUAAUAAUUAUAUAUAAUCAGUGAUUGACAUUUUAGUAUUGUGGUGCUUCAGAGCCAGUGAAUUAAAAAAAAAAUAUCAGAAUUAUAUAUCUGCAUUGCUAUCACCAAUCACUGAUUAUCAGGAUUUACUGUUCAACAUACAUAUACAUUAUAUAUAAUGUGUAUGUUGAACAGUAAAUGCUGAUAAUCAGUGAUUCGUGUUAACAAUGCAUUGCUAACUAGAAUCCAAAUUAUAGUGAUUAGAUGCAAGAAUUCCGGCUUUUAGUGCCAGUUACAGACUGUUCUGGCUUUUAGUGCCAACUGAAAACUGUUCAAAUUCUAACUUGAGUACCAGGCAAAAACUGUUCCAUUUCCAGCCUUUAUUGCCAGCUGAAAACUGUUCCAAUUCCAGCCUUUAUUGCCAGCUGAAAACUGUUUGAAUUCCAGCUUUUAGUGCCAGCUGAAAACUGUUUGAAUUCCAGCUUUUAGUGCCAGCUGAAAACUGUUUGAAUUCCAGCUUUUAGUGCCAGGCAAAAACUGUUUGAAUUCCAGCUUUUAGUGCCAGGCAAAAACUGUUUGAAUUCCAGCUUUUAGUGCCAGGCAAAAACUGUUCAAAUUCUGGCCUUUAUUGCCAGCUAAAAACUGUUUGAAUUCCGGCUGUAAGCACCAGAUGAAAACUGUUUGAAUUCCAGCUUUUAGUACCAGCUGAAGAUUGUUUGAAUUCCGGUUUUUAGUACAAGUCAAAAAAUUGUUCCUAUGCUUUGUCCUUAACGAAAAGCUUACAAUACAUCCUUAAUGUUCAAAUAUCCCUGAGAGUUUUAUAGAUUUUUGGAGUGUGUGGAGCUGUAAAUUGUACAAAAGAAAAGACAUGUUUUACUUAACGACACACUCAACACAUUUUAUUUACAGUUAUAUGGCAUCAGACAUAUGGUUAAGGACCACACAGAUAUUGUGAGAGGAAACCCGCUGUCGACACUUCAUGGGCUACU